UUCCCCCCGCGGCGCCCACAGCCGCCCCUCGCCCGGCGCCGCUGCCCUCGCUGCCCGCAGCCCGGAGCGGCGAUGGCCGGAGGACGGCGCGUCCCGCUGGCGCUGCUGGCUGUGCUGGCGCUGCAGGGCGCGGGCGCCGUCAGAGUGGGGAAUGUGAUUACCCAGGCUGAAUUCUACCAGCGGGAUGAGAAUCUGCAGCAAGAGGGCGGCGAGUUCUUGUUUGAUUUCGAUGGGGACGAGAUGUUCCACGUGGACCUGCAGAAGGCUGAGACCAUCUGGCACCUGCCCGAGCUGGGGGAAUUCACCAGCUUCCAGGCGGAGGGAGCUCUGCAGAACGUGGCUGUUGACAAACGCAACUUGGAGUUUAUGAUGGAUAAGUCCAACCGCACACAGGGAACCAUCAUGCCACCCGAGGUGAAGGUGUUCUCUGAGGGCCCCGUGGAGCUGGAGGACCCCAACGUCCUCAUCUGCUACGUGGACAGGUUCUGGCCGUCCGUCAUCUCCAUCUCGUGGCUGAGGAACGGGCAGGAGGUGACGGACGGUGUCCUGGAGACCGUGUUCUACCCCCGUGAGGACGACACCUUCCGCAAGUUCUCCUACCUGCCCUUCAUCCCCGCGCGGGGCGACUACUACGACUGCCGCGUGCAGCACGAGGGGCUGCCCACGCCCGUCCUGAAGCACUGGGAGCCCCAGCUGCCCCUCCCCGCCUCGCAGAGCACCGAGACGCUGCUGUGCGCCCUGGGCCUGGCCGUGGGCAUCGUCGGCAUCGGCGUGGGCACCGUCCUCAUCAUCAAGGCCAUGAAGAUGAGCAGCGCCCGCAGCCAGCGGGGCCUGUUGUGAGGGGGCACAGCCCAGGGCACAGCAGAGCCUCUGCACCCUCAGCCAGCCGUGCCCUCGGCCUGGCAGCAGCUGCUCACCCCAAUGGCCUUGCCCCUCAUCAUCAUCCUCCCUUGCACACCACACAGCGACACGCUGGAGACCCGGCUCUGGCUCUGCCCCACAGGGCACUGGGCUACUUCCCACGGCUGGAGUGAGCCAGGGUGGCACCUUGGGGCCACCUCAGCUCACCCACUGCCACGGGGAAUCGCUGCAGAGCCUGGGGGCCGGCGCUGGUCCCAGCAGCCAGCCCACACCGCUGCCAGGCUGCGGCUGCCCACAGCCACUGGCCCCACGGCCGUCUCCAGGGACGUGGCACCUCCUCCCAGCCUGGAUGUGGGGUCUCCCCUGCAGACCCCUGAAGGGACAGGAGGCAUCCCCUGCCCCACAGCUUCCCCUCAGCACACGCUCCUGUCCCUCUGCUCCUGCUCUGCUGCUUUGUCACUGCAAUAAAGUGAGUUUGGGGUUGA